UUUGGCCCAAAGACGGACACGGGGGUUGAACAGAAGACCUUCCCCACAGGACGCUUCGCCGCUGGAAGGACAUUCCAUGUGCAUUCGCAAGGAUUCUUGCCAGAAUGCUGCAGCAAUCAAGCGCUCGAUCUCGGAUGUUGACACGGAUGCGAAUUCGGAGGAUCCGGCGCUCUACUUCACCAGCCCGAGUGGCUCAUGCUACUCUUUAGAUUCGCUGCCACCGGAGAAUAGCAUCUUAUUUGACUCGCUCGAGCGAGGACUUCUUGCACGUGAGUUCUGCGAUCUUCAGCAAGUUGGCAGAGGUGGAUUCGGCAAGGUGGUCAAGGCGUGGCAUCGAUCCAGCAAACAAUGGGUGGCGCUGAAGCUCAUCCCCAUGCAGCUGAAGGCGUCUGAAACAGUCGAUGACAACCACACCAAUUGGAGCGGACCAAAAGUAUUCCAGCAAUUGCAACAGAUGCGAAGCUCGAAGGUUCUUCGAUAUGCAAGGAGGUGGACCGAGCUCCCUCAAGACCUACCUGAUUCAUGGAGUCAAUUCAUGCAGUCUCCAAGGAGCGCACGUGCCAUCGAGCGUAGGCCCUUGGAUGACCCAUUGACACCGGUCUCAACGAUGAACUUAUCAGGAGGUCUCGAUAGCUCCUGCGGCUUUGAAUGGGUGGUCACGGAGAUGCCAGAAAACUCCCCACCCUCGACACCACAGUCAGAGGUGUCCAAGCCACAGAAGGAGAGGACUGGCCGAGGCGAGAAGCACUACGACGUUGUCCUCGUGAUUGAGAUGGAAUAUUGUGAUGGCACUACACUGGCUGAUUGGCUCUCCGACCGCAACUCUGCGCGCCCGAAGUUGCUGAAGGGUGGCAUGAAUGCCUCCCGUCAGAUCUUCAAGCAGCUCAUGCAAGGCCUUGCUGACCUUCACGAGGUUGGUAUUGUGCAUUGGGACAUCAAGCCGGCCAACAUCUUGCUUUCCAAGGACGGGCAAGUGAAGAUCUUUGACUUUGGAUUGGCCAAGCUCAGUUCCUCGGAGCACAUCAAAGCGUCCACUGAGCGCGCAAAUGGCAAACAGCAGGUCUCCCAGACAGCGAUUGGAACACCAGGAUAUGCCCCCCCGGAACAUUGCAUUCAGCUCGAGCAAAGCACCAAGAAAACUGGAGUGCAGUUUGUUUUGCCGCCGUCAUGCCCUAAAUCCGACAUCUUCUCUGCGGGUAUUGUGCUUGUCGAGCUACUCAUGGCAGGGGUUGCAGGUGAUGGACCAACCUGGAAGACCUCCAUGGAGCGCGUCUCCGUCAUCGGCUCGCUCCGUGAUGGGCGUGAUGCUGCGCUCCCCAUGGCCCUCACGACCGGCCUCAACGCGUGGAUGCGUCAACUGGUGUUUCGCAUGGUUGCGUGGGAUGCAGAUGCCAGGCCUUCAGCGGUGGAGGUGCUGGAUGAGUUGGAUGCUGAUCAAUGGGCUUCAGGUCGUCACAAUCCUUUCCUCGGGACAUGCAAUUCAAGGUCCCCACAAUUUGCCUCCAUGCUGACGCACCUUUCAGCCGCGCACAAUCCGUACAUUGGUUUCUUUCUUGACCACUGCCAUGUGAAGGCUUGAGAAGCCUCACUUGUGGCCACCAGGCCACCAAACAGAGGUCAAAGCGCAAUGAUCACUCAGGAUUCCAUGUUCAUGCGGCUAAGAACAUGGCCUGGGUGUUCAUGCUCAAACUUGUUGGAAC